CCCAGCAUCCCCUUGGCCACCCUUGCCAUCAGAUCCUCCCCUGCUUCUAGCAACAGCAUCGAACUCAUCCAUGACAACAACAUGGAUAGCAGCACUUGCUAAUGAAUCGCCACCAUCUUCUUCGUUGACCCGAAACUUUUCAUAGAUGUCUGGAGGGUUGUCAAAGAUAUCUCGCAGGUUCUUUUCGCUUGAUCCGACGAAUUUGUCUAGAAUCUCUGGACCACUAACGACAGUAAUUGGUCGGAAAGGUGACAACAAAGAUCCGAGUGUGGAUGCUAACAGACUCUUCCCACAUCCAGGUUUUCCAUAAAGGAGCAACCCACGUGCCGGAUGUAUCCCCAACUCUACGAAAGAGACGGUCACUCAAAAGUUAGUCACUGGAUGUUUGUUGCGUUUUGGUACACGAGUAGAAUCCACUAAAUUAAUUCUAUCGACCUACCUUGUAAAAGACGUGGUGGGGCGGCUAGAGGAGUCCAAAUUCUCCUCUUUAUCUGAACCAAGACGUCGUCUAAACCCCCCACACCAAGAGUCUCUCCGUCGAAAGAAUCGCCAGAACCAGCUUUGGCAAUUAUUUCUGACACCCGACAAGCUGCCUCUUCGGCUGCCUUGGUGCUCAUUGAAUUGGGCUGAGUGCGAUCCUUCGAUCCAUUUUGAAUUUCUUUUUGUAAUUCUUUCUUUUCUCCCGCAAUUGUUGCAAUCGAAUCCGGAUCGAGUAAAGAAGGCGUCAAGAGAUCUGGCCUGCCAUCGGAUCCAGCAAUUCUACGGGAUAGAGCAGAUUUCCCCGCCGCUUUUUUCUCAUUUUCCCACUUGCUGCGUUUGUCUGCCUCUGAUCGUCGACGAUCGGCAUCGCUUGCACCGAGCUCUGACGAGUAUUUUUCAAGAUAUGUUUUGUGCCUUUUCGCAAAUUAUUGUCCCCGAGAAUGAUGAAACAAGCGAAUGUUGUGAGAAACGAUAUUUUUCUGAAUGAUUGCCGCAGCACCUAUGUUGUUAUUAUUGCUCACACUGGGACCCCUGCUCGUUUCACUAUUCGAAUCGACUGGUUUACCAAAUCUCGAUCCACUGCCUCUGUGGCGAUUUGGUCAAGUACGUUGAAAAUCUGUUCUCUGAUUUUCGGAGAUCCGUUCAUGAUAUAUCUAUCACAAAGUUUCGAAAGAUUUCCCAUCAAACCUUCAACAAAUUCAUUGUUUCGUUCCGCAUUUCUUGUACCAGUAUCGGGCAAAGACGAAGACGAUGCCCCCCUCUGGGACAGAAAACGCGAUUCAUUGUUCUUAAGGGCAUGUGCCUGUCGCCAUCCCGAUGGAACAAACAACGCGGUGCUCGCACCGAACGUUGUCAACGUCACAAACGCCGAUAAGUUGCAUAAACUCUUCAUCUUCAUUACGGUAGACUAAAUUUUUGUGAUACUGACCACUCCUGACAACAUUCCGACGGUUCACACGAGUUACGCACGGUGCGGGCGAAGACAAAAAUACGAUUUUUCCUCUUGCUCUGCCUCAUUCUUCUUUGACAAUCGUACGACAUUCACUCCGCAUGCUAUGAGUACCGGCCGGUACGUACAGUACGUACGUACUGUAACUGUCGCUUUUUGAAUCAUCAUUCCAAAAUCCAUCACAUUUUACAUUUUUUGUGGUCCUUGGUCCUACCGUAUGAUCAUACAGUAUAGUUCAUAUGAAUAGUAAAGUAGUACAGUACUCCACUUCAGUCGCUCGAAGAGCACUCUGAUUCAAGCAAGCCGUGAACUUAUCUUUCUGAAUUCACAGAACGAAACUACACAUUUCCUUCAACCUCAUUUUCACGUCAGAUAGUUGGAAGGAAGUAGCACUGCCAAUGCCCCUGUCAGCCGUGAAGCAUCUGACGUCCAAAAAGAUGAUAUUCAAGGAAAGUUUCUUUCUGCUCUUGCUUGCUAUUCCAUGUGAGUCAUUCGUUUGUCAACCAAAGAUACUGAGAAAUCCCUCCAAUUCGAUUGCGUUGAAAUCUUUCAAAGAAAACAAUGAUUGGACAUCGGAUUUUGAUGGGUUCGUUGGUGACGGAGGGGAUAACAUCGAAACUGACAGCGAUAAUUUCUCAGACUUCCUUACAGCGGGCAAUGGUAAUAGCAAUCUUGAUAUUACCGGUGUCCAGACGCGGCUUUUUUCGUUGGGAGAGGAUUUGAUCAUAAACGACUUUGUUGGGAAUAUGGGCUUUGAGGAGGUUACGGACUGGGAAUAUUAUUACGAAAGCGAGGACGAUCCAACUGAUCGAAAGGUUGUAAGCCCAAACCCAUUCGAUGCUUCCAAACCGAAGCGAACGAGGACAAGUAGUGGGUCUGUUGUCCGUGUCUUUCGGGGAGAAUUAAUAGGACGACUUGGCGCUAGUAUUCGAAGCAGGGGAUUAGACCAACGGAUUCUCAUCAAGGAAUACUCCGGAAAGUUUGCGUUAGAAUUAGCAAAACGCGAUCAACAGACAGUUGGAAAAUUACAAUCGAAACUAAUGGAGAAUAAAAAAGAUGCUAGCGAUGGAGGAUGGAUUCAAUCUGCCUCCUCGAGGUCUGUUCUGGGAAGAACAGAUGACAAACAUGUUGGGGAUCUGUUACAGGAAUUAAGAACUGCUCCAUAUCUUGGGAUUUUGGGAGAAGUCAAUCUUGCUGAAUUGGAGGACGAAAUGGACCCAAACGAGUUUUAUCGAGCAUUAGGUGUCUCGGCGCCUAAACCAGGGGCAGUUUGGAUUGUUUUUGAAUAUGGUAAGUCUACUGCUACUGAGCUUCAUCUUCAUCGGUUGAAACGAAACUGGUUUUUGCCAGCGCUUCUCAUCUAGCAACGUCUUGAAUAUCUUCGUUUCCUGAAUACAGCGGGACUGAAUACUAUCUCUACGUAUACAGCUAUGGCACCUGAAAAACGUCGAGCAAAACUGCCACCCAAAAAAUCGUUUUUUGGUGGAUUUGUGGAGCCCCCUCCCCUGCCAUCCUUUAAAGAGCGGGCGAAUUUCAUAGUAAAAGGUAUACUGAUGAAGAGUCUUUCAGCUCUAGCAGAGUACGUAACUUGCGAGUCCGUGUGACAGAGUGCAAAGUGAGAAACUCAUCAAAACUAAAACGUCGCAUCUUUGUAAUUUUCGUGCCACUCUUGUAUUUACGCAGUCUUCACGACGCAGGGAUCGCUCAUCGAAGUAUUGGAAGAAACUCGUUGAUUAUAACGAGUGUAACACAAGACAAGGCGGAAACUUCAUCGAUUUACUUCACUCGAGUGUCAGGUCUUACGAUCAAACUUUCAGAUUUUGGAUUCUCAGGGUUGUUGGAAGAUUCUGCGAAAGAUGAAGAAUUUAUCUCCAGGGCACGCUCUUUUGGCUUAUCGAUUCGGAAAGGCGACACCUCGUUAGUGGCAACAGAUUUUGCAAUGGCCGAGGACCUUCAUGCUCUAGGUUUUGUUUUCCUCGGACUACUUCUCGUUUCCCUUUCGGACCUACCAUCGGGUGAUACUCCUAUGCCUGCGACAGAUGAGGAUACGAUUCAAAAGCUUUUGUAUGAAAUCUUUAAUCAAGAUUUCGAAGCAUUUCGUGAAUACGUUGAGGCAGAGGAAGUUUGGAGUGAGUUAGUAAAUCUACUUGACGAUAAGGAGAGUGCCGGAUGGGAUGUUCUUCGGACGCUAUUUCAAGCUAGGGAGAGGAUGGCAGAAAAUAUCAAUUCUCUGGAAGUUACCACUGCGCGCAGCUUGCUUUCGAAUCGGUUUUUCCAAUAGCUUUAUUCGUAGUCACAUCCUUCAAUUUGAGUUCACCAUCAUUUAUUAAAAAAGUUUUGGUACAAGAAAACGAAGUGAGCAACGCGUGAUAUAUCAAAGAAUAGUCCUCAUAGCGGCAUGGCUUCGGGGAAUAUUUUCCACCAGCGUCUGACGUUUGAUAAGGAUAAGCGGUCUAUGAGAACAAAAACUAAAUAGUACAUCUCAUU